AAAGCCGACAAAGCUGUCACAGUGACGGCUAUUGUUACCAGCGCAAGAUGGUGGUGACGUUAAAGGCGAUCAUGGCCUUCACCGGUGAGGAGCUCCCUCUACUUGAGAUGUCCGGAGCCGAUUCCCUGCGUAGCCUGCGAUUCAAAGUGGCAGAGGCCUGUGGUGUUGCACCACACUUGGUGAAUCUUCUGCAUGACUCGGGCCCAUUGAAGGAGCAAGGGAUUGUUGGAGAAGAAUUGGAAGAUGGUGGUGUUGUGCAGGUGGCUUUGAUUGCGCCUGGCAAAGAAGUUAUUACUGCCAGUCAGGAUGGAAGUGCACGAGUUUGGAAUGCUGACACCGGCCAGUGUCUUUUCCACUUGAAUCCUUCAGGCAGCUCCGGUGCGGUGCAUGCUGUGCUUUUGUCGCGCUGUGGAAAUCGGGCUAUCACAGGAAGUGCUGAUGGGACGAUUCGAAGUUGGUGCUUGGAGGAUGGAAGCUGUCAGCUCUUGGAAGGGCAUUCCAGGGCCAUUGCGCAGAUGCGCCUGUCGCCCGACGGUACAAAGUUGCUGUCGGCCUCCGAUGACUCCACGGUGAGGUGUUGGCGCUUACAGGACGGAUCCUGCUUGCUGGCAUUGGAACACCCGGAUGCCUUCGAACGUGGCGUCCGUUCAGUAGCAUUUGGCCCGGAUGGAAGGUGCUUUGUGGCAGCUGGAGCCAAUGGCGUUCUGGUGCAAUACAGCACAGAGUGGACCAAACAGCAAUGCAAAGUGCGUGUCUUUACAUGUUUUUGCCUAGUUUAGGACAAUCUCUCGAACAUUCCUAACUUACGGCCUUGGGUUCCAAGGACUGGUGCAGUGCUGGCAACCUUCCACGGGCACUCAGCGGGGGUGCACACGGUAGCCUUUGCUCCUGAGGGAAGGCGGAUCCUCUCUGCCUCGGACGACCGCACGGCGCGGUUGUGG